AUGGGAGCAUGUGGACUAAGAAAGCUACCUCUCCGCAUCCUCUGCAUCCUCUUCCUCCUCGCUGAUCUCUCGGGUGAGCUCUACCUGUCCGUGCACCUCCUUGACGAGAAGCCCCGACCUUCGCUCGUCAGGCAACAACUCCUCCUGCAAGGCCUGCGGCUGACGGUAGGGCUUGCAGCCUCCCUCCACCUCAACCUGCUGGAGAAGCGGAUCAAGGAGGCGUCCAGCCCUCAGAGCUACUCCUGGUGCACCUGCUCUGUUGACAUCUGCGAGGGACAACUGGGUGGGAAGGUGCUGUGGAUGCUGCAGCCUGAUGGUGCAAUGCACAUGAACAAUGGAGAACUGUUCAAGAUGGAUGAAGACAAGCUGCCAGGGAAAGAGAGCAACGUGUUGUUCCCUGGAUUUCUGAUGAGCAACCGGAGUGUGGAUGAAUUGAUCAGGGCCAAGCAUGGAGAGAUAAAGCAGUUGAAGUUUCAGAUCAAGAAGAUGAAAGAGCCCAAGAAGAUAGAGAAGAAGAAGAGAAAGGACAAUGCCAAGAUGAAGGACAUGUCUGAAUCCGAUAUAGACGAGCAGCAAGAGAUUGAGGUUGUGCAGCUGGUGUACAAGUACGACGGGAAAACAGACAUCGGAGACGAGGUUUUAGAAUUUGCACGCAGGCCCUUCGAAGUCGAAACUCUGCAGCAAGAGAUCCAAGGUCUUACCAUGGCGAAAUGUUUGCCGAGAGUGUACAAGCAAGAGAUGUCCAAGUUUGCAGAUAAAGCUCUCAAGUACGCGGAGGCUGGAGACAAGACCAAUGCACUCAAGAUCGCCGAUGUCCUCACCAAGUCAACCGCGUCGCUGUACCCUGAUGAGCCCGGAGAGCACAUUCCCUCGCUGAUCGAGAGCUUCUUGCAGCAGCAGCAGCAGCAGCUCUCAGCUUCAUACGGCCCUCUGUUCAGUGACGCCUUGCGACGUCUGCAACGUCUGGAACGAAGCUCGGAAAAAGACGUUAUGAGCGAUCACAACUCGUUCUUCAAGAGAUCCAAGAUAGGCAAGUCACAGUCCAAGGCAAACAAGUCCAAGAAGAAGAAAUCCUACAGGUGGAGGGUCAAGGGCAAUAGGAAUAGUCGCAGGACAAGGCCGAGGGAGGGCAAGGGAGGAGGGGGAGGCAGUGAAGGCGCGGGGAAGGGGAAGAGGAGAGUUGAUAUGUCCGAAGCUCUUCGCUCCCGCGCGAGCUCUGCUUCCCAUCGUGUUGCUGAUGGAGGGUCGGAGGACGGGGCAGGGGUGUGGAACGGAGAGGAACCGCAGGAGGGCGAAAAGAAGAUACAAGAUGGGUUCGACGUGAAGCGAUUCCGAAAUGGAAAAUACUCCGGAGAAUUCAAAGAUGGAAAGAUGCACGGGCUUGGAAGAUUUAUCUUCAACAAUGGAGAUGUGUACGACGGGUACUGGGAGUGCAAUGUCAUGCAAGGAAGUUUCUCUCGUGAACUCGAUGAAAGAGGAAAGUACAAGUACGCUGAUGGGGGAAGACGACAUGGAGAUGGAGUCUACUAUUCAAGAACAGGAGAUUCUUACCUCGUGAAGUAUCAGAAUGAUGAAGAAGAGAAUCCAAUCCAAAUCCCCGACGAUACAACACAAGAACCCAAGACAAUGGCGUCAGCGACACAAGAUGCUAUCGCCCAUCUCCCACAUCAACAAGCGGACAAACAGACAAGUCAAAGAGAACGCAGUAGAUCGUCUACAAAUGUCUCCUUUGCCCCAACUCUCAGUCGAGCACAAGAAAAUUCAUCUCUGAGCGGACAAGAGAAGGAGCCAAUACAGCCAACACACAAGUAUCAACUACAACAACAACAAGUGCAGGACCAUCAACAAGAAGAAGCACCACAAAUACAACAAAUACAAAAUCUACAACAAAAUCUACAACAAAAUCUACCACAAGAACAAAUGCAAGAACAAGAAGACGAAGAACCAAAACCACACCUCAGAGAAGAAUAUGGACAUGAUGAAGAAGCGGGGCACAAAGCGAAAUUGUUAAUUUGCGAUUUUGACUACCUGCCUUCGACUCCUCCGAGCACAGCUUUCUUCUGCAUAUUCAGUAUCCCCCAACUGGCAGACAUGUACGCUGAUGCUGAUCGUCAAGCGAGCAUUGAAGACAAACUCGUAAGAGGUGACGUCACCAGCGGGAGCACCGGAGGGUCUGACAGACAUGCAGAGCUGUCGCACGUGAUGGGCUGCAACUUCGAGGAGCUGAGAAUCCUCGAAAUGGCUGACGUCCAAUACGACGAAUACUUGAGGAAUCCUGGAAACCCUUUCCCAGCUGACGUUGAGCUGUCUCCCAAAGAUUCCGUCGUUCACCUGGAGAUCAGCAUUGUCCGACUUUUCUGCUCGAACCAGCAGAUCAAGUCGAUGCAAGAAUCUCACCUCCGGAAGCUGAUUCACUUCCUCGACAACAAGAGAAGUUUCUCGUUGGACACCAGCACCCGAUACCUUCGACACCUCAAGUUUGUCGCCGUGGAGCAACAGGUGGUGCAGGCCAAGGAGGAGGGUGAGGCCAAGGAGAUCAGAUCGCUGCAGCUGCAGCAGCAAGCUCACAUGAAGCUCCUCUGGUCUCAGGCCUCCUUGAGAACUCACGGCCGACCCUCCGUGAAACAUCCGUCGUCUCGUCUCGCUCAAGAGGCGGUGCAGCCACAGAACGCGGAGGAGAUGAAGUGGGUGGUGGCGAAGCGUGCGGGGCUGAGCUUCUACCUCAAGACUCUCUUGGUCAGCAAGUACGACCGUUGCAUCCUGCUGGAAAACCUGCGAGCUGACGAGCGAGAGGUGGAGGUCCAAGUCCCGAAGAGCGCUAUCCUCUCUCAGAGAGUGAUCUGCCUGAGAUCGGAGCAAGCAGGGCUGCAGAGAAAGUCCAUCCCCUUCACGAGCCUCAAGGAACUGAAAGAGGAUGAAGAGAAGCUGACCAAGCUGACGAUCAGGCUGGCGGGAUGGAAGAAAGACAAGGAGAUCUACUUCGAGAAUACUUCCAGCAAGAAAGAGUUUGUGGAUGCCGUGAUGACCUCAUGGAAACCUGAGAGGAACGACCUGGACAGCAUGAUCCUGACAGACUCUGAUCCCAACGGAUCUUUCAUCACUGCCGUCUCCUUCCACCCUCCCACCCAGACCUCCAUGCAGCACAUCAUGGCGCACGUUCAGAAGACGGGGAAACCACCUUGGGAGUUCGACGGGAAAGGGCAUCCGAAACCAUUCGACAAGAAGAUGUUUGUAGGAGCUGUUCCCAUCAAGAUGAGGUCUGCAGAAACCAGAAGCAACUCGGCAAUCCCAGAGAACGCGAGGAGUCCUUCCCUGGGUAACUAUCAACUGACGUACAUGAAGAACGAGCCCAAGCUGCUCAAGAGCUUCUACGGGGUGACGGAGCAAGACCUGGUGGAGGAUGACGAUGUGACCGUCCACGACGGGACCAUGUCGAUCGCUCGAUCUGCCACCAUCGCGAGCUCGAGGAAGCACGACGCUUCAAGAACCAUCCUUCCUCACUCACCAACGUUGGCCUCCCGUGAGCUUGAGCAGGGCGGCGACGCCUCCUUGAACAAGAGCUACUCUUUCGCCCCAUGGGAGCACAUCGUGGCUUAUCGGAUGAUGAAGAAGAUCGAAGCAGACCGGCAGCUCAAGACGGACGAGGUCAACAAGGCUGUGGAAGGAAAGUUUGCAGAGAGGCUGUUGCUGCAGUCGGUGAACAAGAAGCUGGCUGACGAAAGGGAGAAGAAGGAGAAGAGAUCUAGGUUCUACCACCAGAAGGUGAUCAAACACGGGGUUAUCCCGACCAAGGCUGUUCUGGCCGAAAUCGCUCAAGAGAUGAAGUACUACGACGAGAAGGAGCGAUACGACAGGCUGAUGGUCAUCCAGGGGUACGAGUCAGACGUGCAGAUUGCCUUCCCCGUUGGUAUGCCCCUGUCCUUCGACGAGGUCAAGGAUUUCGUCGCUAUGAACAAGACUGCUAAGAUCAAGAACUACUUCUCGCUCGCUGGGGCUCAAGAGGAGGAGCAUCACGUCCCCGUCAAGCAGGCAACUGCCAGGACAGCCUCGAUGCAAGACAAGCAGCACGUGCUGGAGCUGCUGGAAGAUGGAAACAAAGUCCUCCUGAUGUUCAACGCCGAGCGCGAGUUUUUCACUGGCCGUCUUGUCAAAUUUUGGUAUCUUGACAUGAUAGGUAAGAGAGUGGGGACAGGAGGCAAGUUCGACCAAGCACACAGGUGGAAGUUCAUUUACAACGAGGAAGUCAUUUACAUGCAGCAGAAGGGUCCAGGAAUGACCAUCCAGUUCCACGGACUCUCCUCCCGUCUCAGCUUUCACGUGGAGCAAACUCUGUCAAGCAUGUACUUCAUGCAGGACGGCAAGCACGUGGCGUCAGCAUCGCACGAAGGUCCUAAAUGGGUCAUCUCAAGGGUAGAAGAGCUUGAGGUGUCUGCUGUGUUCUUCCACGCUGCCGCUGUUGUUGCUCUUGAUUUCGCAAGCUCGAAGAAAAAGAUGAUUCCGUUCCUGUAG